AUGUCUACUCGUGAUCAGCGACUUUGUGACUGUGGUACGGAGAGUGCGUUAUUCUUCCUACUGGAUCUCAGCCUGACUACAGGCUUAAUUCCAUUCUGCUGGUUAGCCGAAGCAUACGACAAGUCCUGGGACGAACAAAUCCUUGACGAUUUUUCGGAUUGGCAGGAGCUGCUCUACUACUGCUACCCCUUCUACAAAAUCAGUCUCUGGUUCCCUAAGAUCCUCUGCGGCGUUUACGUUCUAUUCAUGAUCUCAGUACCCUUUAUCAAUAUAUGGAGGCGGACACCAGCGUUCAAUCCUCUGUUUGCAAUCCCUAACGCCCCGCCGCCGAACCCAUCUGAAGCCGGCGCGCCUCGUCCGUGGCUACGUUCGGUCGUAGGUACAAACCGGAACGAGAAUGAGAGGCACUACGUCGAGAGGCAUUGUGCAUCUGCCUUGUUUCGUCACUCGCCUUUCCGCAAGCAUCCGUUUGAACCUCCGAUUUUGGGCUUCGCGCGUGGGUUGAUCGCGGCAUACGCAACGCUUGGUCUGUUGGGCUACACGGUUUUCCUCGUCAAUUCGGAAGAGAGUACCGCGAGUACCACGCAAUCCGUCCACAUGUCUCUUACCUUGGUCGACAAAAGCGGAAGUGAUCUUUCAACCGGUGCCAGCUAUUCCUUCGGUUCGAAUAAUCCCCAGAUCUACGCGGUCGCAAAUAAUAUCGCUGAUCAGGUCUUCGGCACCUUUCGUGAUCUACACAUCACAGUCCCCGAAACAGAGAGUGGAGUACACUGCGUACAGGUCUACGUCGACAGGCCGGAAUCUCGCGAUACUCUCUCACAGAAUUGUACUAUCCCCGCUUCGGGGAGCUUCUUUCAUCACCUCAAUUUAUCUGUCUACGCCAACGUCUCAUUGUCCAUAUGGAUCAUCGACACUAUUGCCGGAGCAAGAUUCGAUCCCUCCACGGCCAAGACGCUCACCAGCCCCUUCAUCCUUCCCGCGAAUACACAUAUGUCAGGAUUCCUGUCAGUAACGAAGAAAGUAAGGGGAAAGGUCGAAUGGCUCGCAUACGAUCCCUACCUCUUGCAAACGAACGCUUCCGCAGUGGAAGCAGCUGAAGCUGGAACAUCUUCGAUCGCACUUUUCACCCACUUCCCCGAAACUAUCGAAUGGAUCCCUACGGUCGAAAUCGUCUCGCCUUCUGUCCUCAGUACAGCCCUUGGGAUCAUCUCUACCGUGGGCGGUGUACACGUUGUCAUAAACGGGCUAUUCUUCUUGAUAUUCGGAAGGGGUCUGUGGAUGGUUCUCGUCGCCGCAGGGGGAAGGCCGAUCUCCCCGUUUGGAGUGUUUUGUAUGUUUGCAUGGUAUAGGCGCGCUAUCUUGAGACAUUAUCCGGCGCUGGAGGACGACCUGGAAACCGGGGGCAUGGCGAGUUUCAUAGAAGAAGUUGGGAUGGAUGUCGUGGUUCUGCGAAAUGCGAAGAGCAGAAUCGUGGAUAGGAGUUGUGCAAAUUCCAGGCCAGAAGGGGGUGUGAAAGAUUUGGAGUGCUAG